AUGAGCGAGGCGCCGGAGACCAGCGCCGCCAGCCCCGCGCCCGCCGCGCCGCCCGUCCCGGCCGCGGCUGCUGCUGCCGCGCCGCCUGCGCCCGCCGCCCCGGACGCCGCUCCCAAGAGCGCCGCCGCGCCGGGUGCGGCUGUUGCUGAGGCGGCUCCCGGUGCCGCCGCCACCACCACCACAACCUCGGCGGCCGAGUCGGCGAAGAAAGUGCUGGCCACCAAAGUUCUUGGCACAGUGAAGUGGUUCAAUGUCAGAAAUGGAUAUGGCUUUAUCAACAGAAAUGAUACCAAAGAAGAUGUGUUUGUUCAUCAGACAGCGAUAAAGAAAAACAAUCCACGGAAGUACCUGCGCAGCGUUGGCGAUGGAGAGACUGUAGAAUUUGAUGUGGUCGAGGGAGAGAAGGGUGCAGAAGCAGCUAAUGUCACAGGUCCAAAUGGAGUCCCCGUGGAAGGCAGCCGCUACGCUGCAGACCGGCGCCGCUAUCGCCGGGGCUACUUUGGCCGACGCCGGGGCCCACCUCGGAGUGGUGGUGAGGGAGACAUGAAGGAUGGGGUCACAGAAGGAGGACAACUUCAGCAAGUGCACAGGAAUCCUACCUACCGUCCCCGCUACCGCAGAGGACCCCCUCGUCCACGCCCUGCCCCGGCGACUGGAGAAGCUGAAAACAAAGAGAACCAUCACGAGGCCAGUGCCAUGGGCCAGCAGCCGCUGCGCCGCGGCUACCGGCGCCCCUACAACUACCGGCGCCGGCCACGCCCAGCCAGCGCCCCGGCACAGGAGGGCAAAGAGACAAAGGCAACUGAAACACCUGCUGAAAAUCCUGCUCCAGUGACAGAGCAGAGUGGUGCUGAGUAAUGUCCGGCUCCCCAGGCACUUCUACCAUCGCUCAGGUGUCCUAAAGUACAGCUCAAAAGUAACACCAAAGAAACACACAAGCAAUAAAUUGUCAACAGUGAUGACGAAAGCAAAGAUUUGAAAUACCAAAAUGUAAAAGAAAAUUUACCAGCAGCUGAGAUCCAGGGAACGCCUACAAGAUAGAUGCAUGAAGAGAGCGAGAUUCAGAAAGAACAACCUCCCUAGUUUCAAGAGCAACUGUGGGGCUUUUUGGUUUUUGGGGUUUUUUUCCCUAGAAUUUCACUGUUUUGCUAGUAUUGAUUUUUUUUCAAAUUUUCUUUUGGUAUCAAACUGAAAAGGGAAAAAAAACCAACCAAAGAACUAAAAUUGAAAUAAAAUGCUUUUUUUUAUUGGAUGCUGGUGCUAAACCUCCCAAGUGUGAGUUUUUUUUCUGUGCCAGUCCUGUUCACUGCAGGACGUGGGGAGGACAAACUUCCGCUUUCCUUGUUAAGAUCUAUUUGAAACUGUGCAGCAUGGGUGACGUUCCUCACAAAUAAAAGUGAUUUCAACUACCAAAAAA